CAGAAAUCUAGCUAGUAUGCGCAUUAGAGACUACGGUAGUUUCUUGGUCGCUUCAAACUUGUUUAACGAGUUCGAUACGGUAUUCAAUGAACUCACUAUGAGCCAGGUGAAGUAUGCCCUCUGCCCAUCACGAUUCGACAAAAAUAUCUCAGACACUAGCAUUCUAUGGCUCCUCAUUCUCGAUCACGUAUUUGUUCCAUGAUAGAUAGGAGUAAUCUAUUCUUUUUUGGUUGAGUGCCAAUGGGCACCACUUUACUUUAUUUCCGCGUAUGUUCGAAUGACGGAGUAAUUUAGUUCUGUAGUUACUUAAUUUUCGCCGGCCGAUGAUAAGUGGCAUAUCUAGUGAUUAACUAGUCGAGCUUUUAUAAAUUGCUUCUUCGUAUCAGUCGCUGUUCAGCAGUGGAAUGUCUACAGUGUAGGCGAAACUAAAUUAUUAUUAUAAAUUGCGUUAGAUCUCGAAUUUCCAACGUGCCUAAAAAUGAAGACUUCUCUAUCAGGUGUUCUGGUGUGUGCUGUUUUGGUGUCAAUAUGUGCAAGAAGUGGCGAAUCAGCUCGCGUUUUGGGGUUAUUCCCAACCUUCGGCAAAUCGCAUCUAAUUAUUCAGAUGGAAGUAAUUAAAACACUCAUCGACAGAGGUCACAAUGUUACAGUUGUUACGAGUCUUCCGCUAGGAAUUAAAAAUCCCAACUUUCACCACAUAAAAUUACCUACAACUGCUAUGCCAGGGUCAUUUUUCAAUCAGGUUAUCGAAGAGCGGAAAGGAUUAUGGGAUGCAAUCAUGGAGGUACCGGCCACCAUUGACAUGGCCUUCAGUAUUUCGGAAACUACCCUGAUAAAUCUGAAGAAGACUAACCUCUUUAACGAAGAACCAUUCGAUCUUAUUGUAUUUGGUCUUUUCAUCAAUGACUUUUUCCUGGGAGUUCCAGCUCAUUUCAAGAGCCCUGUAGUGAUUGUCGAUACUCAUAAGCCGCUAGUUCAUACAAAUGCAAUGAUUGGGAGUCCUGACGAGAUAUUUUAUGUGCCAAGUGGAUUAUCACCGAUAACCCAACCUAUGUCGUUUUUCGGGAGAGUGGCAAACACUUUGCUUCACGCCUUUGAAGUAGUUAUUACCAGGAUUUAUAGGAGUAGAAUGAGUGCUGCUUACGAAAAAUAUUUUCCAAGCGAUAAAUACCCAUCUUUAAACGAAAUGUAUAAAAAUGUUUCAUUGAUACUUCUUGCGAAUCACUUCACCGAAGGAAUAAUUCGUCCAGAAGUUCCAUCACUGAUUCAAAUUGGUGGAAUUCAAGCGAAACCGAAGCCUGAUCCACUCCCAGAGGAUUUAUCUUCAAUCCUGGAUGGAGCAACGGAACAUGGAGUUAUCUACUUCAGUUUGGGGACAAAUGCCAAAAGUUCUGAGCGAAAUCCAGCCACCAUUAAAAGCAUCUACAAUGUCCUUGCCAAACUGAAGCAAACGGUUAUUUGGAAGUGGGAAAACGGCGAGUACCCCGGCAACGCUUCUAAUAUAUUUUACAAAAAAUGGCUUCCACAAGAUGACAUCCUUGCGCACCCCAACGUUAGGCUGUUCAUCUCACACUGCGGCCUUGGAAGUGUGGUUGAAAGCAAAUAUCACGGAGUUCCCGUGCUCGCGAUCCCGCUUUUUGCAGACCAAUUUGGAAAUGCCAACGGCAUGGUUGAUGCGGGAUUUGCAGUUCAAGUUAAUUAUCUGAAACUGACGGAGGAAUCGUUUGAAGAAUCGGUGAAGGAAGUUUUGAAUAACUCCACCUAUCGGGAUAAGGUCAAGGCAUUUUCGAAAUUAUAUCGAGAUCGACCAAUGGCGAUCCGCGACACUGCAGCUUAUUGGAUGGAGUAUGUUAUUAGGCACCGAGGAGCGAAACACAUGCAAAGUCCUGCAGUUCAUAUGAGCGCCAUUGAGUAUUUUGGCUUGGAUGUGAUAGGCUUUCUGCUUGUAAUUUUGUUUGUUAUAUUCAAGGUUUUGUCCUUUUGUUUGUGCACAGUGUUAUGCAAAUGUAUAAAGAAGGGAAACAAGAAAAGCCACAAAAACAAAAAUGAUUGAUAUUAAAGUUUCCUAAAAAUUAA